AUGUCAUCAUUACAGUUUCAGCAUCGAACUGUUCGUGUCGUUCGUUGCAUCAUAUCUGGACGUGGAAAAGGAGGCAAAGUCAAGGGAAAGGCAAAGUCCCGUUCGAGCCGCGCUGGAUUGCAGUUUCCAGUCGGUCGUAUUCACCGUCUACUCCGAAAGGGCAACUAUGACGAGCGUGUUGGAGCCGGUGCUCCCGUCUACCUGGCUGCCGUGAUGGAGUAUCUGGCCGCUGAAUUGGCCAUCCGCAACGACGAAGAGCUGAACAAACUUCUUUCCGGAGUGACCAUCGCUCAGGGUGGUGUCCUGCCAAACAUCCAGGCCGUUCUGUUGCCCAAGAAGACCGAAAAGAAGGCCUAA